AUGCGAGUGUGUACCAGGUCGGCGUUGCUGUUGCAUGGGCUGUUCCUGGUCUACGUGUUCAUGGCGUGCUGCAAGCUGAUGUCUGCCUCAAGCCAGCACCUCCGGGGACACACAGGUCACCACCAGAUCAAGCAAGGGACCUGUGAGGUGGUUGCCGUGCACAGAUGCUGCAACAAAAACCGCAUAGAAGAGCGGUCACAGACAGUUAAGUGUUCCUGCUUCCCCGGACAGGUGGCUGGCACGACUCGGGCCCAACCUUCUUGUGUUGAAGCUUCCAUCGUGGUUCAGAAAUGGUGGUGUCACAUGAAUCCUUGUUUGGAAGGAGAGGACUGUAAAGUGUUGCCAGAUUACUCAGGUUGGUCCUGUAGCAGUGGCAAUAAAGUCAAAACUACCAAGGCAAGUGACACGGUAGCAAAGCCGGGGAGUGCCUCACUCCUGGAGGAGCAGCGGGAGGCAGAGCUCUAUCCCUUGGGUUCCUCCCCUGGCUGCUUGCCGGCGACUGUCUUGGAUUUCAGCAACCUCGCAUGGUGUGUUGUGCAGCGUUCACCAAAUUACCCAGACCUCUCUGCUUCAUGA